AUGAAUAGGCAAUAUUUCAACUACGAGAUUGUCUGCUUUAUUGGUGCAGCCGUCGCCGCUCCAUCUGGUGGAUAUGAAGUAGCGGCUAUCGACAGCUAUUCCAUUCCCCGCUAUGAAUUCAACUACGCUGUUAAUGAUCCACACACUGGAGAUAAUAAAGCCCAAUCCGAGGUACGCGAUGGCAGUGUAGUCAAGGGUUCUUACUCUCUAUCAGAACCCGACGGUACAGUGAGAGUAGUCGACUAUACUGCUGAUGACGUCAAAGGUUUCAACGCGGUCGUCAAACGCAUCGGCAGCGCUGCCCAUCCACAAACCAUUCAGGCGCCAAUUAUCAGCAAGCAGAUCAUCCAACCAAUUGCUUAUGAGGCGAUCGCUCCCAUGGCACCCAUCAAUAGCAACGUCUACUCCUACUCAUCGAACCUUCUAGGUCUUGAAGGUUUGGGUGGUGGUUGGGGACUUCAAAACAGUUGGGGGCUUAAUUCUUGGGACCUCGGCGGCCAUGGAUAUGGAGGAUUGAAAUACUAACUCCGAUCUAUUGUUAUCAAGAUAACCUGUUUCAGUGUUUGAAUUUUUUUCAUGAAUUAAUGAUUUGAGUUUUGUCUUAAACUGAGGAAAUAAAUUUGAAAAAUAUAAAAUCGUGUACAACCUUAGUUAUAUACUUUUUGUUGUAAGAUAAGAACUCAAGUAAAGAGUAUAAUAUUAAAA